CUAGCAUAACAAUUAUGCCCAGCGCCUGUGCUCCCUUGCCCUGUCCCUCUGGCCCUGUCAAGCUAUCCCGCAUUCAAAGUCGCCCCGAAGCCGUGCUCAGAAGGUCAAACUCCUCGCAUUCCUCCUGGCUGAAACUCUUUCAAGAGCUCCUCGACCUCUCCACCCAGUCUACCCGUCUGCUCUGUGACUUCAACCAUCAUGGCGACGACCGACCGAAUGGACCAGCCCGCCGAGGUUGCGACCAAAGUCUUGCGCAGAGCUCAGGUCUCUAAGAUGACCCGGACGCUGCAGAACCGCCUCGCUUUGGCCAAUGUCAAGAUCAAGCACGGCUGGGAAAGUCUCAGUCUCGACACUCUCGAGCCCAGAGUCGAUGUUGAGCUUAAACGGAAGCGGCCCGGCUCCAGCAAUGAGACAUUGUCGGAAACGUCCAGUGUCUCUGAGCGCUUUUAUCAGCCCGGUGUCCUCGACUCUUCUCCCCUCGCUGCGCCGAUAUUCUCGGAUGACGUUCAGCGGUCGGGGAGUCGCUCUGGUAGCAGUCAUAGUCAGAGCAAGCGACCACGGUACGGCCAAGCAUUUAACAGGUACCCGGGAUCCAGCAACCACACCCGCAAGACUAGAGCCUCCAACGCAAAUGCAACCUCGUGGAAGACGUCAUACCAAUUGGCCGAGUCAUCGCCCGUAUACCCUCGCAAACACCCACGCUUCGGGAACACACACGCCCCUACCUUGUCCUUUGUCUCGGAGACUUCUACCGUCCCCGAUGAUCUUAGAUCACCCCUCUCAGAGGACGACGAUGACGACCUUCCCAUAAGUUCGUUCCAAAUCAACAGCUCACACAUGCGUUCUUCGCCGCCCCGACCGCCUCGCACUCCACCCCCCGCCGUCGCCCGUUCCGCUCGACUUCGCCAAAAUGGUUUCGCUGUAGCUGCGGCCCGUGAUGGACAGAAAGGAGAGGAGGAUGCUAAUCUUCUCAUGUACUUAGCCACAUCCCCUUCGCCAGCACACCCAGGAUCCUCCAAGCCUCGCAUGCUCGCACCCUCUACUCCUCCACCAAAAUCGACUCCUCUUCCGUCCUCCAUGAUGUCCACCCCUGGAGGCGGAGGUGCCCCAUUCCCAGGCUUUGGCCUCAACACACCCUCCGCAAACCUCAAUUUUGCCGAGUUUCUGAAUAUGACUCCCAGCCCAGCUCAAGUUGGUGGGUCGUGGACUCGCACACCGGCCGCCGGAAAGACUCCUGCCGCUGCUCGCGAGGCCCGGCGGCGACUCAACUUCGAUAAUCUCCACCCUCCAACUGGCGAUAGCCCACGCAUUGGAAUGGACCGCUCACGAAUCGGCAAAGUCGAAGGUCUUGGCAUGGACCUAGGCGGAGAGCUUGUCUCAUGA